CGGAGCUGGAAAUUCACAGAAACCUGCACCUAGAAAAAAGUCAGAACCGCCCUCCGAAAGAAGAGAGAAGGAAGGGGGGUGGGGGGAAGCGAAGGCAUAGUGGCCAGUCGGAAGACGCGUUUCUUGGCACUCGCCAGCUAUUGACAGUGAAAGAUCCUCCAUUUGCAGGCAGAGAGAACACAGGAAAAUGGCAAUGGCAUCUGCAGGCGACCUACAGGCUUUGUUACGAUUUCUCUCGCAAGAUGCAAAGGUGCCUCUCGCCCUCGCGAUGGGAAAGGUCAGGGACCUGAGAGAGGCUAAGCUGACCACCCCGGCGGAGAUUGCAAAAUCCGAUAUUCAGAGCAUCCAGGCUGUAUUUCAGGAUGAGAAGGUUGCAAAACAAGUCCUAAACGCUGCGAAGCGCGUCUCCAAGAAGCGAGCGGUCUCCGACGACGCUACAGAGAAACCCCCAUCUCCUGCGAAGAAAGUAAAGCCAUAUUUCGGAGAGCCUCUCUCACCAGCACAACUUGAAGCGUCUCUCGCCCUACCUGAGCCUUGCAGAGAUGAGGAGCAGCUAUCAGCGGCCACUAUAUAUACGAAUCGGGCGCCUUUGGUGCUCGCAUUCGCAGUAACCCUGCUCAAGUAUACAAUGCCGGAGCAGCCGCUUUCCAGCCGACUUAGCCUUUCACAAGCAGUAGUCAGUGCAAACAGCAGAACUAAAGCCGUGAGUAUAGGAUUGGAGAGCGGAAAAAGUGCCGAGGAGGAAGGCUGGGGCGAGGGCCAGCCGAUUGUCACAGUCAUGGGCCGUGAGAUACGAGUGAUGAAGCGGUGGGGUUACGAUUGGGCUGCUAAAGACGAGGCGGACGCUACCCAAGAAACUAUGAAGGAGGAACCAUCGAAUAGCGACCAACCCGCACUGUGGGGUGUGGACCUCGAGAAGUUGAAGCAGUCCAACGGACCUGGCGCGAUGCCUUCGCGAGGCUCGUCUGGACCUCAACUUCCCAUCUACACAGCACAGUCCGCAAGAGCCUAUUUGCUCAAGUCGUUCGAAACGCCCAAGUCUGGGUCAGAGCAGACUGCGAGUAAGAAGGCCUCCGGAAAUGCUUCUGAUAAGGAGCGAAAUCUGGCACUCCUCCUGGGGGCAUUAGAGCUUCUCUUCGAGUCAUGGUCUUCGGUCAUGUGCAAAGACGACCUGGACAAGCGUGCGUGGGGUUGGUAUGUGCGGGUGCGGCCUGAAGUAGAAUCAGGCGUCGCAGGCUGGGGAGGGAAGGGAAUAGUGAAGCUGGCAGAUAUCCUAGAGUUGAGGCGUACAGCUGAAUGA